CUUCGGCCGCCAUAUUGGAUGCAAAGUCUCUCUCGACUUAUCUUCUUUCAAAUUGAGUUUUUACAGUUUUUACUCAACAAAAUAUCGACAUCUUUGCAUCAGACCUUUGGAUAAGAUGUCAGAUCGAAAAGCUGAGCUCGAAAGGAAGAGGAAACGUCUGGAAGAGAUACGUAGAGCUCGUGAAGAGAAGAAAAGGAGUGAACAAGAGUCUGCAAAGUUAGCAGCGCAGGCUGCCGUAUCCAGCGACAAGGAAUCAGCCAAUGAGAGAAAGCAGAGGGAGGCAGAUGAACUUCUUAAAGGGAUUCUACCUGAUGAUGUAAUUGAUGGUUCUGCAGUAACUGUUGCACUACAGAAGCCUAAGCCGACUAUCACAGAUGUAUCACCAGCCAAGGGGCCGCAGGCUACAUAUGUCUCACCCAAGAAAGCACCAGUUCUUGUUAUGUCCAAGACAGCGCAGACUAACAUCCCCCCAAAGGAACCAGUAUUAUACAACAAAGAGACACAGACUCCUGUCCUUGAUCCAAAACAGGAUGAUGAUGAAGAUGAAGAGAUGCAAAAACCCAAAAAACAAGAAGUCAUUCCCACACCUGAACCUGAAGUCAAAGAUGAACAGCAUAAGGAAGAAGAGACAGUGAUAGAACUGAGUGAAGAACAAAAGGAACACAUCCUGAACUCUCAAGAAUUUGGUCGAUUCUUUGACAAGGCAACAAGACUGAUGGAGAGAGCUCUCUGUGAAGAUAUUGACAUAUUUAUGGACUACUCUGGUGGUGAAGCUGAGGAUCAAGACAAGGGAGCACAGGCAUCCUCCCAGCUAACAUUGUCCAGGGAUUUCUACGAUGAAAGAUGGUCAAAGCACAGGACAGUAACAUGCUUGGACUGGUCAACACAGUAUCCAGAACUCCUUGUAGCUUCGUACAACAACAAUGAAGAURCACCCCAUGAACCUGAUGGGGUGGCUUUGAUCUGGAACUUAAAAUUUUCAAAAACAACACCUGAGUAUGUCUUCCACUGUCAGUCUGCAGUAAUGUCGGCUACAUUUGCAAAGUUCCACCCAAACCUGAUCAUCGGUGGUACAUACUCUGGUCAGAUAGUCCUAUGGGAUAAUAGAAGCAGUAAAAGAACACCAGUACAAAGAACACCUUUAUCUGCCACGGCACACACUCAUCCAGUGUACUGUGUUAAUGUUGUGGGCACACAGAAUGCACAUAACCUCAUCAGUAUAUCAACAGACGGCAAGAUGUGCUCGUGGAGUCUAGACAUGCUGUCACAGCCUCAGGAUAACAUGGAAUUACAGUACAAGCAAUCCAAGGCAGUAGCAGUCACAUGCAUGUCAUUCAUGGCAGGUGACGUAAACAACUUUGUCGUGGGGAGUGAAGAAGGGACUGUGUAUACUGCGUGUCGGCAUGGAAGUAAAGCGGGCAUUAGUGAUGUAUUUGAAGGUCAUUAUGGACCAGUCACUGGAAUUGACACCCACUCAGCAUCAGGACAGAUUGACUUUUCUUAUCUUUUCCUCACAUCAUCAUUUGACUGGACACUGAAACUCUGGAGCCACAAGAGCCAUCGCCCUGUGUACUCAUUCGAAGAUAAUGGUGACUACAUCUACGAUGUUCAAUGGUCUCCAAUCCACCCUGCACUUUUUGCUACUGCUGAUGGCAGUGGGAGACUGGACCUGUGGAACUUGAAUAAUGAUACUGAG